GGAGACUGAGCAGCCGCCGCGGCCGCAGCAGCUGCAGCAGCGGCAGCGGCAGCAGCAGCAAUUAGAGUAGCAACAGCAGUUAGAAGAGCAGCAGCAGUUAGAGCAGCAACAGCAGCAGCAGCUACAGCUACCGCAACAGCAGCUUCAGCAGCAGCAGCAGCGGGCGGGCAGCAGGCGGCGGCUGCGGCGGCCCGGGAGGCCGAGGCCGAGGCCGUGGCGGAGUCACUGCGAUCCUGGCCGGCUAGCUAGCCAGCGGGCGAGCGGGCGAACAGGCGGGCGAGCGUCGCAGCCCCAUGGAGCUUGAGAACAUCGUAGCGAACACUGUGCUGCUCAAGGCCCGGGAAGGUGGUGGUGGCAACAGGAAAGGAAAAAGCAAGAAAUGGCGACAGAUGCUUCAGUUCCCCCACAUCAGCCUGUGUGAGGAUCUUCGUCAAAGUGUGGAGCGGGACUACCACAGCCUGUGUGAGAAGCAGCCCAUCGGUCACUUGCUCUUCCGGCAGUUCUGCGAGACUCGGCCGGAACUAUCCCGAUGCAUCAGUUUCCUGGAUGGGGUGGCUGAAUAUGAGGUGACCCCUGAUGAUAAGCGGAAAGAGGCAGCCCAGAGACUGAUGGAGAACUACCUGAACCCCAAGUGUACAGACCACAUCCCCGAAGUUCCUUCCCAGCUGGUGAGUGCCUGUGCUGAGAAACUUGAACAGGGACCCUGCAAAGACCUCUUCAAAGAGCUCACCAGGCUGACCCAUGAGUACCUGAGCGUGGCCCCUUUUGCCGAUUACCUCGACAGCAUCUACUUCAAUCGAUUCCUCCAGUGGAAAUGGAUGGAAAGGCAGCCAGUGACUAAAAACACCUUCCGGCAGUACCGUGUCCUGGGCAAGGGUGGCUUUGGGGAGGUUUGUGCAUGCCAGGUGCGAGCAACAGGCAAGAUGUACGCCUGCAAGAAGCUGGAGAAGAAGCGAAUCAAGAAGAGGAAAGGAGAAGCCAUGGCCCUCAACGAGAAGCAGAUCCUGGAGAAAGUGAACAGUAGGUUUGUAGUGAGCCUGGCCUAUGCCUAUGAAACCAAGGACGCCCUGUGCCUGGUGCUGACCCUGAUGAAUGGCGGAGACCUCAAAUUCCACAUCUACCAUAUGGGGGAGGCGGGCUUUGAAGAGGCCCGUGCUGUCUUCUACGCGGCGGAGAUCUGCUGCGGCCUGGAGGACCUUCACCGAGAGCGGAUUGUGUACAGGGACCUGAAACCAGAGAACAUACUGCUGGAUGACCACGGCCACAUUCGGAUCUCUGAUCUGGGACUGGCUGUGUAUGUGCCUGAAGGUCAGACCAUGAAAGGUCGAGUGGGCACUGUGGGCUACAUGGCCCCUGAGGUGGUGAAGAACGAGCGGUACACAUUCAGCCCAGACUGGUGGGCCCUGGGGUGCCUCCUGUACGAGAUGAUCGAGGGCCAGUCGCCCUUCCAGCAGCGAAAGAAGAAGAUAAAGCGAGAGGAGGUGGAGCGGCUGGUGAAGGAGGUGGCUGAAGAAUACUCGGGCAAGUUCUCAUCCAAAGCCCGUUCUCUCUGCACGUCGCUCCUGUGCAAAGACCCCCGGGAAAGGCUCGGCUGCCGAGGGGGCGGUGCGCAGGAAGUCAAGGAGCACCCCAUCUUCAAACGUAUCAACUUUAAGCGGUUGGAGGCUGGGAUGCUCGAGCCUCCCUUCAAGCCCGAUCCCCAAGCUAUUUACUGCAAAGAUGUGCUGGAUAUCGAGCAGUUCUCCACGGUCAAGGGUGUCGAACUGGAGUCUACAGAUAAUGACUUCUACCAAAAGUUUGCCACGGGAAGCGUGCCCAUCCCUUGGCAGAACGAGAUGAUUGAGACGGAGUGCUUUAAGGAGCUGAACGUCUUUGGCAUGGAUGGCGCAGUGCCCCCGGACCUCGACUGGAAGGGCCUGCCCUCCCCACAGCCCAAAAAGGGCUUGCUCCAGCGGCUCUUCAGCAGACAGGACUGUUGUGGGAACUGCAGCGACAGUGAGGAAGAGUCCCCCACCCGCCUCUAGCCCCGAGGGCCUGACCCCCGCGCCCGGCGCAUGGCGGUAGCAGCUGCCCACCUGCCUGUUUACAGUUUUGCACAAUCGUCCUUAACGAUGUCUGCGAAGGCCCGAGGAGGCGCCUCAGAGCCGGACAGCCCCUGCCCACGCCAGGAUUGUUCUAAAUCUUUGGCCUGCCAGGGACGUUCCCCGCACCCUGGGGGUGGAGCAGGGAGGAGAAGUCUGCUCCGUCCUUCCUUCCUACCCAGCCUGGCGGGGUGCCGCAGGUCCUGGGCCCCCAGCCUGCCCCCCAGGAGUCAUUGGAGUUUUAUAUAUUUAUAUAUCUGUAUGUAUGUAUAUAUCAACUGUAGAUUUUUAAAUCACUGGGCAGAGGAGCCAUCUCCCUCCCCACCACUGCCCACGAUACUCACUGUGGCCCUGCCCGGGGCCCGAGCAGAGAGGGGGAAGAUUUAUUGCCAAACCAAAGGGCCCCCCCUGGCCCAUAGGGGCUGCUGGGCAGCUAGUUUGGGUCCCAGGCCCUCCCCCAUCACACUCACUGUGUCACCCACCGUGAACUAGUGACAGUUGUGCCUACAUAUCCCACUACCUUGUUUCCAGUGGCUUGGUGUAGCCUCGGGACCGCUGGAAACUCCCUCCCUGCCUGCUUCCAGAUAGGAAAGUUUGGGGCCGCUUGGUGGGGCCCCAAGCUUGGGGACAGAGGGUCCCCCCAUAGGACCAGUACCCCCUGCCCGGGGACUUGGGCCAUGGGGACCAUACCCUCUGGAAAGGAGUGCAUGGGGUGCGGGUUGUCUGCAUACCGCCCUUAGUCUUCCCAGAAGGCAUCUCUUCCAUAAAGCCCCUGCCAGGGCUGAGCUGAGAGGCCUCCCCUCUCCCCUGGGGGCCUCCAGCUCAUGUGCCUUCCCAGGGGCCAGACUCUCCUCCCUCCCCAGCAUAGCACCAUCCCCCCCUCCCAGGGGUGGGGGAGACAGUUUUUAAAACAUUCCAGCCACAUUGCACAGUAUCCACUUGUCCCUGUGUGAGUUCCUAGCAAUAAUCUGCCCCUUCCUCGUGUUUCUGAGCGUGUGGCGUGCCUGCCCUCGGCCUGGGCCCUGUCACCCCACUGAGCCAGGCUUUUUGGGACUGUGACUUACCCAAUAUGGCACCAUAUCUGUGGUAGCAUUUGCUUGCACUGCACUGAUGUUCCAAUAUGUAAAGACUGAUUUUUAUGCCUUUUAUUCAUUGUACGAUACCCAGUGUCUCUGUUGUUUCCUUCAUGCAAACGUGAAUAUGAUAAGAGCACAAACCGA